UCCUUCCCAGUUUUCACAGGCCGUUUUCUUUCUUUCUUUUUUUCUGUCAGUUUUAAAACCCUAGAAAAUCAGUCGCCGUUUCCAUCAGAGGUGAUUUCAAUUGGAGCUGUAAGAAUCACUGGUGAGACUACUGUUUUUCCCUUAAAGUUGUCUGCUUUAGUGUUCAAAGUGUUUUGUUUCAGCAACUUCGAUCACACAAUUCAUUCCCCAAUCUUUUAUAACCUAGAACUUUUCUCUAGGUUUCGUCAAUUUUAUUUUUUGUAUGAUGUGUUAAGUUUUAGGAACAGGGUUCUUGUACCAAUGUUGGGAUUGUGGGGUAAAACCUAAUUCGGGAAAAAGAUGUUAUUUUUUCUUUUUGGAACUAAUUGACAUUAGUUAAAAGUGUUCUAUAAUUUUAAACAUGACCGAUGGAAGUGGAGAUACCGGAAAAGAGAAGGAACAUGAUUCGAAGAAGAAAUCAGGAGGAAGUGAUGAAUUUGGAUUAGCAAUUGCGAGAAUUGCAGUUGCACAAAUAUGUGAAACCUAUGGGUUUCAGAGUUUUCAGCAGUCGGCCCUCGAGUCUCUAUCUGAUAUCGCUAUUCGUUAUCUUUGUGAGCUCGGAAAGACUGCACACUUUUAUGCGAAUUUGGCUGAUAGAACGGAAUGUAAUGUCUUUGACAUAAUCCAAGGAUUGGAAGAUCUGGGAUCUUCCCAUGGUUUUAUUGGUGCUUCGGAUAUUAAUCGGUGCUCUACAAGUUCAGGCACAGUCACCGAAAUCAUUCAGUUUGUGAACUGCACAGAGGAAAUUCCAUUUGCUAGGCCGGUUCCUCAAUUUCCAGUAAACAAACAUCGGAAAUCAACACCAAGCUUUUUGCAGAUGAGUGAGAUCCCAGAGGGAGAACAUAUUCCUAAUUGGCUGCCUGCAUUUCCUGAUCGUCACACUUACAUUCACUCUCCAGUAUCAAGCGAAAGAGAAAAUGACCGUCUUGUGGAGAAAAAUCAUAGAAUUGAAGAAUUGAGACAGCAUAAGAAAGCAGAAUGGUCUUUACUGAACCUGCAUCAGAGAUUGGCAGGUAAUGGUUUAGUUGCAACCACAUCGACUGACCCAGGAGAUGCUGCUAAAGCAAAGCAUGCUGCAGACAGUAAUCCGUAUCUGGCUCCCCCUUUGCAGUCAGGGGAGAUGGAUACCUCUUUUACUAUUCCUGCUAGGGUUUCAAAGGAAGCAAUACCGGAUAAAAAUCAGACUUCUGUAUUGGAUGUUUUCGUUCCAGCGAUUGAAGCAUCAAACGGUGUGAGCUGUGAAACUCGGGAUUCUGAUAAUAAAGUUCUUCCAAACAAGAGACCAGUUGUGAAUUUUAAACUUGGAUUUGCGAAGAAACAAAGGAUGCUCCAUUUACAUGUGAAUCGCUUAAGAAGUUGACGCUAAACAUGUUCACUAUUCUCAAUCUUCCUGAAUCCACCUAUUUUCUAAGGCUUGAGAAACUUCAACUUAUUAGAAUUUAGAUUUGUGGAUGAUACCCUUAAGAAGACUUCUUGAAAUCCGCCUACAUUCCAUAGAUUCAUCCUGUUUGAGGUUACCUCUACAGUUCAUUGUUCUGCUGAUAAAGCACUAGUUGCUUUACUCCAACAGACAGUUAAUCUGGAGUCACGUCACUUGUCAUUAUGACAAGUGAUCAUAGCAUCUCAAAAAAAAUUAAAACUUAAGUAGUACCUCGAGGCUUCCAAUUCCUCCUUAGAAGACGAUAUUGACCACGAUAUUUGGGCUCUAGAUUCAGUGACUGGGAGAUUUUUGGACACCUCAAAUUAGUCUGCUUCACUGAAAUCUGUGGACACCUGAAGGAGAUGAAUUUACUCAGGGGCUUUGGAGGCGAUGGUUGCUGAAUGUUUUAUUCUUCUAUCGACCAAUCCGAAUAGCAGACUACGUGUUAUGCAGAAGUUACUAAAGCUUACAAGAACUUCAGCAAACUGUGUAUUGAGUUCUCUGAAAAUCCCUUUGAGCUUUGACUGUUGUUACUGUUAGAGUAGUAAUGAUCACUUGAAACUGUUCGACUUAAAUAUAAAGGUUUGAAUUU